CUCUGACGCGAGACCAGAUCUGAAGAAGAAGUACUUCCGCUGCUGCUUUCUGUCACCGAGGACUCUUCUGAAACAGCGAGGAAAAGAUGGCUGGUCGUCGUGUAGCCCUGAAAGCCAUUGACUGGCUGGCGUUUGCUGAGCGUAUACCACCCAACCAAAGGGGCAUGUUCAAUGCUCUGAAGACCCGCACUGACGCCAUCUCUGCCAAGCUCGCCUCCCUGCCUGAGACUCCUGCUGCUCUGGACUGGAACUAUUACAGAAGUGCAGUUGCAAAGGCCGGCAUGGUCGAUGAAUUUGAGAAGAAGUUCAAAGCGCUUCAGAUCCCCAUGCCUGUGGACACACAGACCAGUGCUAUCAAUGCAAUGGAGGUGGAUGCAAACAAAAACGCAGUGGAAUAUAUUGAAGGCUCCAAGGCCCGUGUUGCUGGUUAUGAGAAGGAGUUGGAAAAGUUCCACAACAUGAUCCCCUUCGAUCAGAUGACAGUUGAGGAUUUCAACAACACCUUCCCUGAGACCAAGCUUGACAAGGUCAAGCAUCCAUACUGGCCCCACAAACCCAUUGCGGAUCUGUAAUCUUCUUCCUGAACAUUCACCUCAAAAUAAAAACUAUGUAUUUUAAGUUGAA